AUAAGCCACAAUGAGCACCAAUAUUUUGCUAUAGUAUCAAUAGUGAAUAUUAACAAAUGUUUAAUUUAUAUGUAAAGUUUCAUUUCAACUUUAGCAAAAGUCAAGUUUAAUAAAAUGUUAACGAUUUCGUUAUUUUUGGUUACCCUGCUGUUUACCAUUACAAGAUGUGAUUAUGGAACGAGUACCCAGUCAGCCUCGCCCAACGACUUAACCGCUGUGCCAAAUGGAGUACAGGCACCUUCCAAAGAGUAUGGACCUAUAUCCGCCAUGGGCAUGACAAGUUCUAUAGAUACACUUCUAAGUAACCGAUGGUACGCAGUCAUGGCAUCACCAGUUCAAGACCAAGAAUGUUGCAACUACUUGACAAAUACCAAAGAUCCCUGCAAAUGUAUGGGCGCAGACUUUACGCCACUUGGAAACAAUGAAUGGUUGCUGUACACGUUCGCGCUAAAUAAACAGAGCAUGGAAGAAGUGAUUGAUAUCGGAGCAUGGUCUAUUGCACCCAACGCUUCAACAUUAGAAAUCGAUUCCAUAUUAUUAAGCAGCGCAGUAAUGCCAACUGACGCGAUUUCAGGAUACUUCACGAAUGUUCAAGUUACUGGAAACGGAAAUUUCAAGACCUUUCAAACUCGAAUUUUAGCUACUGACGAGAACAAUUUUAUGAUCACACAACAUAUUUUGGGGUCCCAAGAGACGAUAAUAAUAGUCUGGGCUAGACAACCGAUGCCCGGCAAAGAAAAAGUAUGGGUUUGUGUCACUCAAAAAAUGAAAGCACUCGGUGUAAACACCAGAGAUUUAGUGUUUAUAGAUCAACAAGGUUGCAACUAUCCUCAAAAAAAUAUACCUUACGAUAUAUUUUUCUGUGUUUAAGACACAAAAUGCUAUUAAUAAUAAUAAUAAUAAACAAAAAUCAAGUGUUACAUUAUGCGUCAAUAAAUGUUCAAGUCGCAUAAUACAAUUAGUUUGGCUUUGCCAAUUUAUUUUAUGUUACCAUUGUUA